AUGCCUUCCGAACGCCGACGCAGUGCAAGCUUCAAGGAGUCGGCAGACGGUCGCACGGUGACCGCAACCUUCGAUGUGCCCGGUGUGCGAAAGGAGGACAUGCAUGUGAGCUACUGCGGCCGACACCUCGUCGUGAGCUGGCGGACGUCGCGCGUUACGGAGCGGCGCGAGGGCGAUGUGCUUGUGCGCGAGCGGGAGGUCGUAGGAAAUAAUCAAAUUAUUUCCCUCGCAGACGGAACGCAGUUUGCAGAUAUCUGGGCGCUGAAGGAUAGUAAGCGGCUAGCACUGACCUACCCAAAUCCGCGGCGCGCUCCGAGAAACGCGCCUCGCCCGAAGACUGCGAUGUCCGGUAUCACCGAAUACCACAGUUGUGUCCCUGCGGAUGACAGCACAAUAGUUUGA